AUGGCCCAUCCUCCCCUCGGCUCAGCGGCUGGCCAGAGAUCCGGAUCCAGAAGACGGCGCGCUUCGGCUUGCUUAGCUCGGCCACUUAGGCUGUACCAAUGCCUCGGUCUGCCUCUCACAUCUCCACUUCUCACGCUUGGCUGGUCUCGGAUAAGACGGCCGCUCGUUUGUGCUACUGUCUAUGGGGUCAGUAGACUGGUGCUCAUUUGCCUAAAGGAAAGUGAGAGUGAGAGAAAGAUGCGAUCUAGGCUGGAAACCGGUCCGAGGAUGAGUGAUACCGGCGGCCCGUUGAGUCGGCGACUGACGCUGCGUCCCGACUAUUCCAUGUCGUUGCCACGCAGUCGUCCGGGCCGAACGCUUUUGCCUCGUUCGCCCACACAGCCGGACAGCCAACCAACCAAGCGGAACCAUCGUUCCACGAGUCAGGAUGAACAGCGAUCGUUGUCCGGCGUUGUGAAGCGCUUCUUUGCCGGUUCCCACAAGAGCUCGACUGGUACCGUUGUCGAGGAUGUAGACGAUGCGUAUUGCCUGGCACCGAUGGUCGCUGCCGACUCUCUCUCCUGCAUGCCUUUGCCGUCGCGAUGCGUCUCAGAGUCACGAAUGCAAGAGUUCACUGAGCCGAUGGACAGUUCAGACGCCGGCCCUUUGGACGGCCAGUCGUUGAACGGAAGCGACGUUAGCUCGAUCGACGUUAGCCUGGACGGUGGUGUCUGUUCAACGGGCAUGGAGCCAUUGAGCCGAGAACUUCAGCGUCUGCAACUGGAUCUUGCCGUUGUCUCGCAGCUCUACGCCAUUCACAAGCAGCGGUCUAUUGAGACACGUCGCAGUGCGUACAGAUGCGCCUACAAGUUGAACGCACAAAAGGUGAGUCGGAUCGGUACGCCGGUAGAAUAUGAUGCAUUAUUAAGUAGCAUUAGGAGACAACAUGAAGUAGUAUGGCAUUCGUGA